GCACGCGCAAGUGACACGCAUACUAGCCGCUUUCGGCUGGACGUACGAGGAUUACACGCGGGGAUACAUACUGCAGGAGUCGCGGUAGGAACGCGCGGGGAUUCGACGGAGUGCUUCUCGCGACGGAGGACCUUUUCUUGACGAUCGACGGACGGGACCGAGUGACAGAGUGAUGUGUACGGAACAGUGUUCUCGAUAAACGAUCACUUCCCGGAAUUCGUGCUCGGAUGAAUAAGGCAAGUGACAGCGCAGUGGAUUUCGGAGUAACCGAUCGGUUCGCACGAACCGGUGGCUAGUACGGAGCAUCGUGACGAAGUGACAUCGCUAGAUUAAUAUAGUGAAAUUAGAGACUUCAGCAGACGGACUGACAGUUGCACGGAACUGACUAAAAUUUUGACCUUAAACUGAAUUCGAAUAACGACAUAAAAAAUUGUGACAGAUUUUUACAUUAUAUACCUCGAGUUUCAAUUCUAUGUUGUUGAUCCCAUUGAUUGUCAAAUGACGAAUCGCCAAGUAAUAAGUCUUUCAUGAAACGAACUGUAUUCCGUACUGCGAAUUGAACGAGGAAAUACAAUCUCUGUGAAUCGAACGAGGAAACAGGAAGAGAGGACUCUGAGAAACCCGUUUCACGGUGUUUGAAAGUGCGUCGUGAAGAAGUGUAGUGAUCACAAUGGGAAUUUCGUGGACACAGUGCUCAGUGAAGAACGCUGUAACGAAUGACUUGUGCCGAAAUUCGUGGAUCCCGGAAAUUCGUGAUGUUCGAUGACGGGACUCGGAGACUGUCGUGUGCUCCAGAAAUUGAUUCGCAGAACGGCCCGGUGCUGGACCGAUGGAGCAUCUGCUCUCCUGAGGAGGAGCCGCUGGUACUGCAGCAGUUCCUCAGGUUCGCCGAGACGCGUCCGUUCGUGCAGCAGUUGCUGCUGGCCGCCGGGACGCCGGGUACGGAUGCUAUGUCACCAAGCAGACGACCUUCGCCGCCGACGAUGCCACUAGCACACUUACCGCCACCGUUACACCUCCUUCACUGCGGCCUUCCGCCACCAGGCUCGAGGCUGCCGCCACCUCUGCCACCACCGCCACCGCCACACUCGGUCUCGCACCCCUCGAUGUCUCCUACGGCACAGAAACACUACUCGACCGCGUCUAGCGGGAAUUCAGGGGUGACGAGUAGCGGCAACUCGCCGCCCAGAAGCCUGGAUUCACACUUGACGGUGUCGCCGUUGAACAGAUUACAGAGCAUGCAGCCGUUCGACUUUCGAAAAUUGGGAACGCUCGGAUUGCCCGCGUUCCCGCCGAUACCACCUCCGACACCGACCGAACAGCUCUUACAAAACAGAAAAGCGAUGAGAAACCCGCAGAGCCCGCACAGCCCACCUCACCAUUCGAGCAGUAACCAACUUUCAAGGCCUCACAUUCCUCCCGUGGCGCCGGUGUCUUCCUCGUCGCUCAACUUCGGACACCCGCUAUCGGUGGCGGUUUCCUCCGGAGCUCUGCCGCCGAGUUUUCCCACGCAUUUCCCGCCGCCGCCGUUGGGUAAAUCCACAGGAUCAGUAACCGGCAUGACAGCGCCAUCGGACGUUCAUAGCGGUGGUGAGAAGAGCAGCGAGUUCGGUUCGGAGGAGGAUGAGGAGGACGAGGAGAACUUAGACAGUGCUUUGAACCUCAGCAGGCGCGACUCCGUAUCGAAACAUAUUAGUGAGCAGCGACAUCAUCACCCGUUACCUCUCCAAGCUGCCCCCUUAGGCAGGCCGCCAGGAAUUCCAGGAAGGAAGCCGCACUCACCUGGGAAACGGCCUGGCAGCCAGUGGGGCUCGUCCGGCAAUAUUCCUCCAAAUCUCGGUACACCUUUCAUCAAUCCGACUACCGGAAAGAAGAGGGUGCAGUGCAACGUCUGCUUAAAAACGUUCUGCGACAAGGGCGCGUUGAAAAUACACUUCAGCGCGGUGCAUCUGCGCGAGAUGCAUCAGUGCACCGUCAAGGGUUGCAUCAUGAUGUUCAGUUCGAGACGGUCGCGUAACCGACACAGUGCUAAUCCUAAUCCCAAGUUACAUUCUCCGCACCUGCGUAGAAAGAUCUCGCCGCACGAUGGCCGAUCGUCCAUGGCACACGCGCUAGUUCUACCACCCCAGGUUGGUCUACCCGUUCCUGCCAGCGGCCUAAAUCACCUUCCCUUCGGCUCGUUCCCGAUGCUGACCCCGCCUCCCGACCUACGAUCGCCGGCUUCCCUCUGCGGCCUGGACUUCAAACAUCUGGAUCUUCAGGGCCAAGGUAGAUCGUGCUACGACGAAGCCCUUCAGCAAAGAAUGAACGCGAACGCGAGCAUUUCGACGACUACGGCGUUAACUACCGCGAGUAUGCCGAUGAAAACCGACGCGCCCAACAGAGACACCAUAGCUAGGGGAUCGUACUCCGUGAAUUCCGUAGUAGACACAGUAUCACCAUCUACUCAAGCUUCCACUGCCGCCGUUGAGGGAGAGGAUGAGGACGACGACGAGAAAGCAGGUAUCGUGGUCGUGGCAGAGGACGAUAGCAAUCCACCCACAAGAUUGCCUCUGCGUUCUGGAGAGGAGGACGACGAACAGCCAGCCGAUUUCAGCUUGGCCAAGAGACCGAAAUUGUACUUCGGGGAUCCGGCGGACGAAGACCUUGUUAGCAACGCGGACAGUAUGGAGGACAAUGACUCGAUGAGUACGGUUGAUCAACAAAGCUACUCGUUGAAUCAGCACUCGAUGAACACGACGUCGAUGCACAGCAGGGGCGUCCGGAAGCGAAAGUCUCAGCAUCCCACUCGGUGCGCGGUUCUCCCCGAAAUACACUCCUCGUCCACUGACGGAGACUCGUCUAACGACGAGGAGAGAGUGCAAAGACGUUUGUCCGACAGCGCGGGGCUCGCGUCGAUGCAUGAUUUCCAGAGUCAGCCCGAGGACAUGUCCAUGUCCAGACUAGAGGCAGAGGAGCGGAAAACCUCGCCGAACUCAUCGAAGAACCUCAGCUUCAACGACCAAGAGUCGAACGCUUCUCGCUCCCCGGAAGCUUGCAAUAGAGACACUGCAGCGCUAGUGAAUUCCGGUAGACGCGACACGACUUCGUCGCAAGAGAACGCGGAUGACCUACCUCAAGACGAGCCGCGAGAUCUGAGCUCGAGAGCGAGUAGCGUGAAAUCUCCGAGGAGACAGAUCACUCCGGAACCAAAGACGUCCCACGAUGCGUCGGAAUCUCGUCCCACGGAACAUAGUGCUGUUUCCAUGGAGCCUGUUCUCAAAAAGGAUCCCAGCUUCUCGGAUUCGGGCGAUCGUGAUCGACGGAACAGUGAGAGUGAGGAAACGACGAAAGACGAGAUGAACGCGGGCAUCGCGACAAAAGUCGAGUCGGAGGAGAAGCUAAAAGAGGAAGAGAACCAGCAGGAGAUGGAGGAGGAGGAGGAGGAGGAGGACGAUGAGGAAGAGGAAGAGCCACUGGUGAAGGUCGAGGAUGAUGAUGAGGAGGAGGAGGAGAUGAAUGCGGCGGCGCUGCGCAAUGAGGAAGGUGAGCGUCCCGAUGAUCCCCCCCGUGCCCCGAGCUCGGUCGACAGCCGUCCGACGACAGCCGACGACCUCUCCCACGACUCCUCGACCAACACUUUGCGUCAACUCGAGUCCUUGUCGCAGGGUCGCGCGAUGCAGCGGUACACCGAGACGCGGGGGCCGGGUUGGAGGUCUGGCCGCGGCUCUACCAGCCCCGUCAGCCUCACGACGCACCAGGAGAUCACCAUGGACAACUCCUCACGUGGCUCUCGUUCAUCCAGUGCCUCACCCUCAACAGCGGCCAUGGAUACGGACAAUAGCCUGAUCACCUACGCCCGCUACGAGAACGGCGGCUUCGUCAGCACCCAGGAGGUGCCUCUGGAUCGAGAGAAUCCCCGACGCUGCACUGCCUGCGGCAAGGUGUUUCAGAACCACUUCGGCGUCAAGACUCACUAUCAAAACGUCCAUCUGAAGUUGAUGCAUCGAUGCAGCGUCGACGGGUGCAACGCGGCGUUCCCAUCGAAGAGAUCUCGCGACAGGCACUCGGCUAAUCUGAACCUUCACCGAAAACUUCUGUCCACCUCGUCGAGUCCACCAUUAUCAUCCAGUUUGCCGCCUAGCUUGUCGCCCAGAGUAGAGGACUCUCAGAUGAAUCCGUUGUUGCACAACGAGUUCCUGGCGAGAUUAUACGCGGACGCGGGCAUGGGCACUCUUGGUGGUUACCCGUUGACUCCUGGGCUGCCUUCUGCCGUCGAUCUGGCAGCAAGGAUACCACCACCGCAUCCUCUUUUACUGCCUCCUCAUUUGGGCACCGCCAGCUUCUCCGGUCUGUCCUCGUUCGCCUCUCAUCUGGCCGGUCUGAAUGGGUUGACCCAUCAGCACCUGAACAAUUUGACAAGGAUGUCUCAGGAGCCGGGGAACAACAGACAUCCUCCCGGAUCGGGCUCGCCGAUGUCAUCACCGGGUUCCGAGGAUAGAAAGGAAGAAGCCAGAUGCACCGUUCCCGGUUGCGACCGAGUAUUCGGCUCGAGGGCGGUCAGGGACGCUCAUUCGAAGGACCCGCAGGCCCACCGCGACUUACCGGUGUUGUCGAGCAGCGGCUCGUGACCGAUCUCUUUUCACGACCGUGACUUUACUGUGAUGCCAAAACUUCGAUCACCCAUGAUCUCGACUGGAAGUGGUCAGCGAAACGCUCGACACGGCUGAAGAAUCCUAAGCUAACGUGCAAUAUCGGGGGACGAGACGCUUCCGGAAACCGGAAAUUUCUUCCAUCAAAGUGCGGUCUGCGAAGUUGGUUUCGGUGCAGUUCAAUGCUGGUUGCUGAACUCGAAAAGUACUUAAUGGAGCCGGGGUGAUUCGAAUCGACCACGUUCUUGCCGGCUAAAGUGACAUUGAUACUGACGAUGAGACGCGUUCCGAUCCCGGUUCGCGCAGUUUUGUUCUUGUGAAAACGUAUGGUGCUCCUAUCUAGUCAAUUCGGAAGCCCUCGGCCACGCCGCUGGAAUCGAAAUUUCGUCCAACUCGUCCAUUCGCAAGGGUAAAAUGCGUUGCUGGAGAUAACGUGUCACUUGGAUAUUAAACAUAUCAUUUAUACUUCGACAUCAUUAUCGAUGAUAGAAAAAUACUUAUUGUUUUAAUUCAUCAACGUUUUAUGAACGUAUUCUUAAACAUAAAUCUUUCCAUCUACUGUUUGAAACGUAAUCAUCAGUGUGCAUGAACAUAAUUAAAUUUGUAUUGGAUUUAGCUUUAUAUUAACAGAACUCGUGGAGUGAUGGGACAAGUGUUUCCAGUGACGGAUUUGAGUAUAUUUCUGAUAGGUUCUCGUUCCAGUCUGCGUGUCACGGAGCACCGAGAAGAAAAGGGAAAAAGCUGGUCGAUCGAGGUAGAAUUCGCCGCCAUCCUGGCGAACCGGGUUAAUUCUGCUGCUCGUUUCUUUUCUCCGAUAAUUAAAGGGGCGGUAGACGAGGGUUAGAGAGAGAGAGAGAGAGAGAGAGAGGAAGUUCAGGGCGGACAGGAGAAGUAGAGCGACGACCGGCAUGAUCGAACGCGGUCUCGUUUCGGUCUAUCCGGCUGAUUUUAUCAUCGUUGUGAUAAACGUAACGUUUAGUAUAAAUAUGCCACUUAUUUAAUCAGUAAUCAAUUACUACCGCUGUAUAUAUAUAUGAUAAAAAACAUAGUACCUUUUUUCGAUGUAUCGCGUAAUUAAUCAAUUAAGCUCUAAUCGAUUAAGCUCGUGCGCGAACGAGUGGCGACAGGCGAGAAUCUUGCUGACCGAGUGGAUAUUAUGACGGUAAUUUUAUAACGAGGAACCGAUCCGGGCCGGGAAAUCGAAACGAUGACUGAGAACGACACGCGAAGCAGUUAAAGCGAAAUAGAGUUGGGUUCGAGAUGAAUCCUAACGAAUAGGGAUACGCCAUAAUUGAAAAUAAUUAACUUCCACUAAACUAUCUUAGCUAUUGGAAAUGUGAAGUGAAAGAUCUUUGAUGCUUGUUGGCAAAUACGACUCAGUUCUCUUUCAUUGAUUCGCAUUAAGGAAUCAACGUACUCCGACUUUCACAGAAACGCACAACUUUUUAUUCCAAUAAAAUUGUAACGAAUAGGUCUCUGGCGUACUCUAAAUCAUCGAUUGCAAAUGCGUUAAAAUAGGAGGUUUGCUCGAACGGAGAGGUCAGAAGCGACCAUCGAAUCAAAGCUGACGGACGUCGUCUCGCGCUAGAUAAAAUGAGAAUAGAUAGAUUUUAUUUAUUGUUUCCUAGGGAUCCUAAACGAGAAAGCACGGUGUACCGAGCGGCCAGUAGCGGGCACUGCCGCGAAGACUUUGUUCUCGAAAUCGUCGCGUCGCGUCGUACGAUCGUCGCCGAUCGUCGAUCGAUCGUGGAACGACGCGAGACGAGCUCAUUAAAAAAACGAAGGCGUUCGAACGACGACCAACCUGACCGUUUGUUUCUUUUCUUCUUCGGUUGUACAUACAUUGUAUACCUUGUUUUCGUAGUCGGUGUGCGCGUGGAUCGACGCACGUAUGUGACCCGCGCGGUGUAUGCGUGGAUCGACGACGUGGAUCGAAAUGUUUUCAGCGGGCCGGAAACAACAAGUUCUCUUUUGUACGGGCAUUCAUGCCCUCGACGAUUUUUCGUGUUUCUCGGCGAACAAUCGACAGCGUAGAAAAGUAAGACUAAAGAAACGGAGAAAAUGGCAGCGACGAACGCGACGCACGACACAUCUCGCUAAUUAAUUUACGCAUCGUAAGUGGCCGAACCAGAAUUUACAAUUGUAAUUAUGUAUAAACGAAAUGCUAUGAUGUAUGAUAUUAUAGAUCGAUUAUAAAGAACACUCAUCAUUAUGAAAAUAAAUACCUACCGAAAUCAAUCGUGA